CAACGAAGAACGAAUGUCAGUGAUUAUUAUUACAAACUGAUCCUGUUUGUCAGAUUUUAGAAUAAGAAUGAGCGACCUAAUUCAAUAUGUGGUGGUACGAGGAGAUCUUUUGAAGACAAUGGAGUGGCCCGUAGGUGCAGUUAUAGCACAAGCAUGUCAUGCAUGCGUAGCUGUUAUUGAUCUUUUUCAUAACGAUAGUUACACACAGGCCUACCUUGCCAAUUUGGAUGGUAUGCACAAAGUUGUUCUGGAAGUUCCAGAUGAGAGCAGUUUAAACAGUUUAAGUUCAACGUUGAUCAAAGAGGACGUCCAUCAUAAGCUCUGGAUCGAACAGCCUGAAAACAUUCCAACGUGUUUAGCUACACAACCUUAUCCCAAGGAUAAGGUACAAUCUUAUUUCAAGAAAUAUAAAUUAAUGAAACUUUAA